UUGCACAAGCACAACUGCUUGUUGCCCAACUCUCAGACUACUUGCUACCAGAGUUAUUUCAAAUGCAUAAUCCAAGAUGCCACUUUCUAAUUCUUUUCAUUCAACUUAUCUCCAUCAUUAGCUUUUACCACUAUGUAAUUCCAAUAAGAGGUGAAGAUAAUAACACUAGUGCUGUAAAGGUGGAUGUGGGUAUAAUUCUUGAUCUGGAAACAGAUGUGGGAAAAGUAAUGCACAUAUCUGUCUUACUAGCACUUGAAGAUUAUCAUGCCAACGCUAGUCGCGGUGCCAUAAGGAUAGUUCCUCAUAUCAAGGAUUCCAAGAAAGAUGAUGUUGAAGCAACAUCUGCUGCCAUAUACUUGCUAAAGGAUGUCCAAGUGCAAGCUAUCUUUGGGCCACAAAUGUCUACACAAACUGAUUUUGUGAUCGACUUAGGGAACAGAGUAAAAGUCCCUAUAAUUUCUCCAGCAACAAGUCCUUUACUUACAGUCAAGGAAAAUCCCUACUUCAUCAGAGCAGCACUUCCUUCUUCAAGCCAGACUAAGGCCAUUGCAGCACUUGUUAAAAACUUUGAUUGGAGGGAGGUUGUGGUAAUCUAUGAGGAUAGCCCCUAUGGGUUCGGGAUAGUUCCACAUUUGACUGAUGCCUUACUGGAAAUCAGCAGUUUAGUUUCCUAUAGAAGUGUUCUCUCUCCGUCAGCCAAUGAUGAUCAAAUUCUCAAGGAGUUAUACAAUUUGAAUACAAAGCAGACCAGGGUGUUUGUCGUGCACUUGCGACCAUAUCUUGCCUCCCGCCUUUUUCUCAAGGCUAAAGAAGCAGGGAUGAUGAGCAGUGGAUAUGCAUGGAUCAUGACAGAUGUGCUAACGAGUAUUCUGGACUUGGUAGAUCAUUCAGUCAUUGAGUCAUCAAUGCAAGGUGUUCUGGGUAUAAAACCUUACAUUCCAAGAUCAAAUCAGCUUAACAAUUACACGAAGAGAUGGAGAAAGAGAUUCCGUCAAGAGUAUCCAGACAUGGACCAAAUAGAACUCAAUGCUUUCGGGCUAUGGGCAUACGAUGGCAUCACCUUAUUAGCAGAAGCAGUAGGGAAAUUGGGCACUACUGCUAUCCCAAAAUUAAAGAAACCAGACACUAGAGAGAACUUAACAGACUUAGACGCACUUGGAACGUCAGAAGUGGGAUCUCAGCUCAUUGACUCUAUGCGAAACACAGUGCUAAAACAAGGAUUAAGUGGUGAUUACCGUAUCAUCGAUGGAGAACUGCAGCCAUUCCCAUAUCAGAUUGUGAAUAUAAUUGGGAAAGGAGAGAAAAGCAUUGGAUUUUGGACGGAGAAGGAUGACAUUUCGUGUAAACUGAAGAAUGGUAAAACAGCAGCUAAGUGUAAUAAUAAGCAACUAGGAGCCAUUUUUUGGCCAGGUGAUUCAACUAUUGUUCCAAGAGGCUGGGAAAUGCCCACAAGUGGGAAGAAGUUAAGGAUUGGAGUUCCUCUCAAAGGAGGGCUGGAGCAACUCAUUAAAGUGGAAAGAGAUUCAAAAACACAAGCAGUAACAGCAACUGGUUUCUGUGCAGAUGUCUUCAAAGAAGUCAUCCUAUCUUUGCCAUAUGCUCUCCCUUACGAAUUUAUUCCAUUUCCAAUACAAGAUCCCCUCACUCUUCCAGACUAUGAUGAUCUUGUUCACAAGAUCACUUCUCAGGACUAUGAUGCAGUUGUAGGUGAUGUGACCAUUUUAGCGAGCCGGUCAGAGUAUGUGGAUUUCACAUUACCUUUUAUAGAGUCAGGUAUUUCUGUAGUUGUGCCGGUAAGGGAUGAUGAUAGGAGGGAUGCUUGGAUUUUCUUGAAACCUCUAAAGAGCGAGCUUUGGAUAACAACCGGAGCAUUCUUCGUUUUCAUUGGUUUUGUGGUUUGGGUACUAGAACAUCGUGUAAACAAAGAGUUCCAAGGACCCAAAUGCAAGCAAGUUGGGAUGAUAUUUUGGUUUUCCUUCUCAACUCUCGUUUUUGCUCAUAGAGAGAGGGUAACAAGUAACUUAACAAGAUUUGUGCUGAUAGUGUGGGUUUUUGUGGUUCUGGUGCUGACAUCAAGUUAUACAGCCAGCUUAACAUCUAUGUUAACAGUGCAACAGCUUCAACCUACUAUAACAGACCUCAAUGAUCUCAUCAAGAAUGGAGAAUAUGUCGGGUACCAAGAAGGUUCCUUUGUCAAAGACGUCUUCAUAAAGCGCAUGAAAUUUGACAGCUCCAAGUUCAGAAGUUAUAUCACAUUGGAAGAUUAUGAUGAUGCCCUCUCAAGAGGAAGCAAAAAUGGAGGUGUAGGUGCAAUUGUUGAUGAACUACCUUAUCUCAGACUCUUCCUCAACAAGUACUGCAGGAAGUAUAUUAUGGUCGGCCGGACAUACAAGGCUGCCGGCUUUGGGUUUGCAUUUCCAAAAGGAUCUCCUUUGGUACCUGACGUCUCGAGAGCAGUCUUGAAGGUGAUGGAAGGAGAGUUUAUGAAUAACGUAAUACAGAAAUGGUUUGGGAAUGAAACAGGUUGUCCACAGAAAGAUGAAACGGCUAUAACAUCUGAUAGCCUCACGUUAGAUAGUUUUAAGGGACUUUUCCUCAUAGCUGGUGUAUCAGCAGGCUCCGCUCUUCUCCUAUUCUUCCUCAACUUCCUUAAUCAGAAUAGAGAAAUCUUAGCCACUGAUGAUUCAAUAUGGCAAAAGCUUACAGCAAUUGCAAAAGUCUUUGAUGAAGAGAAAGACAACUCUAAUUCUAUGUCAGAAAAGCCAUCUGAAAGCAAUGGAAGCAAUGCACCUAAACUGCUCGCAGCAAGUGAAGCUUCUCCUGAGAUAUUGCCUGACCUUCCUUUGCAAAUCCCAGAAAUCAGAAUUUCCGACGGACUAGGAGCAUCCCCUGCUGCUGAAGGGUUCUCUACAACAGAACCUGGAACUCCAGUUCAUGAAACCAUUACAGACACAAUUGAAGAAAUAUGACACAUAUAGCUACUACCAUAAUUGUGACACACCUGAAUAGGGCCCUAUAUGAGAUUGCACAGAGAUGAGCUAGCUUUAGGGUUAGUUAAACCAGAUUACAUUAUAUCUUUGUUACUGAUCUUGGCCAGAAUAUUAGCAUCAAGAGGUGGCUCCAGGAUUCCAUUUGAUGGAUUUAACCCUUACUUUUUCUUAGUGGUUUCUUUUUCAAUCUUAUUAUUAC